GUGUUCUACAUUAUACUUUUUUCGUCAAUUUCUCAUCCAAGUUUCUAGAAACUAGAACUGAAACUAGAAAAAAAUCACCAAAAAAGUACAAUUUCUAGUCAAGGUCGACUUAUUUCAAAACUAGCUCCGGACCGACCUAUUUUUCUUGUAUGCUUCGUCAAGUUUACAUGCGCAUUAAGAAUCUCAACAGCUGUUUAGUACGAUACCAACCUGAGAAAAUUGGGGUUAUGUUAAGACUCAGUUCUUGUGUGAUUGCAAUUGUUUUGGUGUUUUAAAUAUUAAUUAUCUUUAUACUUGAUUAUGGCGAAAAAAUGGUCACAUGAGAUAGUCGAGACGCUUGUAUCUCUGUACCAACUGCAACCUGUGCUAUAUAAGACGGAUUCUCCAAGCUACCACAACAAUUUACUCCGCCAUAAAGCAUUAGACGCAAUUAGGACAGAGUUGAUGAAUAUAUAUAAACAAGACUUUACAAAUGAAGAGAUCUCAAAGAAAAUUAACAAUUUAAGGACUCAAUUUAUAGAAAACGUUCGAAAAGUGAAAAAACAAGCUCCUAGUGGGUCGGGCAGUGAAUCUCCAAAACCAGCAUGGUGGCUAUACGAUAGUUUAUUUUUUCUUCUUCCGUAUUUAAAAAAAGAUAAGGGAAUUUCAAACAUUAGGACAUUGUCGAAGGAUAUCUCCCAAAACACGGAAGUUUCUGUUUAUGAAGUGCCUAACACGGAAUUGGAUGUACCAGAAGGUGAAUACAGCAUAAACGAAGAGGGAGCACUUUCUCCAGUUAAUGAUUUUGAGGAUCUUACUCCAACUCCUUCACCAGCAAGCAUGUCAGAAUCAGAUCCUGUUCACAAUAAACAGUCAAGGACCACUGUUCCUGCCAAGAGUGCAAAGCGUUCUAAGAAAAGAAAAGGGGACGAUGCAGUAAAGGAAGCUAUGUUAACUGCAAUUAAACAAAUUAAUGGAAAUGAAAAUUCCGAAUUUUCAUCCGAUAUUGAGAAAUUUUUACAGUAUGUUGGCGUAGGAUUGCAACAAAUUUCCAAUGUCAGUUUGUAUCGGAAAUGUAAACUAGAAAUUUUAGGUAUUAUUGACACAUAUCAAAACAACCUUAAUGCUUAGUAUUUUAUUUUAUUACUGUAAAAACUCCAAUGUAAUUAAUUGGAACGUGAACAUACUUAUUGAAAUGUUAGGUACAUUUCGAGUAUUGCAAUAAGUGUAUUCACAUUCAAUUUAUACUUAUCUAAUACAAUGUUCCUCUUAAAUUUAAGCAACGUUCGACUGCCACUCUACAAUGUCAAUGUUGUUAAAAUAAAAUUUGAAUGUUUCACGUAUACGUAAUACAUGAUUGGUGGCACGUCCUCUAUGAAAAGUGGCAUCAUGAAGCUCGUUUGGGGUUAUAUCGUCAUCCUUAUCUAUAGCUUGAAUUUCUGUAUUUGAGCGAAGAAAAUUAUGCAAGGCACAACACGCUUGGGUUAUUAAAAUUACUUUGUCUUUGUCUAAAUUUAUCGGAGUUAAAAAUACCCGAAACCGAUUACUUAAUAUUCCGAAAGUAUUCUCAAUCACUCGCCUUCCUCUACUUAAUCUAUAAUUGAAGAUUCUCUGUUCUUUGGACAUGUUUUUGAAUGGGUACGGUUUCAUAAUGUGCUUCUGUAGUGGGAAUGCAGCAUCAGCUAAUAACACAAAAGGUACGCUGGGGUGAGUCAUACCAGGCAAAGGUUGAUCAUUUGGUAAAUUUAAGGUCUCCUGAUUUAAAGCCAAUGCAAAGUCACAAUCUUGAAAUACACCUAAAUGACAAAUAAACAAUAAAAAUAGGUAUUAAUAGAUCAUUAAAUACCACCAUCACUGACUCUACCAUUCGUUCCGAUGUCAGUAUAUAUAAAUUUAUAAUUUGCAUCUGCAAUCGCAAGAAGAACUAUACUAUGGGUUCCUUUAUAAUUAUAAUAAUGGGAUCCAGCACUUCUUGGGGCACGGAAUACAAUAUGCUUUCCGUCUAAGGCACCAACUGUAUUUGGUAUAUUCCAUAACAGCUGGAAACCUUUUGCUACAUUGUGCCACUCCUCUUGGGUUGAAGGGAUCUGUUAUGGGUACAAAUG